AUGGAUUCAGCAGGAAACAUGACCGAAUUAGAACCUAAAAUGGUACAUCAUCAUUUGAAUGAGUUACAACUUGUAUAUCCAUUAGAAGAAACAUUUCGACCACGUUAUAAACGUGAUUAUUUUCCACAAAAUGGUUGUGUUAGAAAACCACGCUAUGUUUCAGACAGUGUCGGAAAUCAUUUUGUAUCCUUAAAAAUACCCGGGGAUUAUAUAAACAAUCUUCCAGAUACAUAUAUUCGUGUAGCAUGGUUAACUGACCUCGUCGAUGGUAUAUACUAUUAUAGUCCAUACAAAUUUCAAAGAGAUAAUUACAGUUCAGAAAUUCACGAUGAAAAUCCCAUUUACGUACCGGUUGGCAACAAUGCACUCAACGAUAACGUGAUGAAGUACGUAAAACACUAUUCAACUAUGACUAAACCGACUGAGUGGAACGACUAAAAAUCGGCUUAUUGCUUUUCACUGUGAGCCGUAUUCUUUCUCUAACCUUUUAGUCGAUUUUUUCAUUCAUCGCUCUCGGUUAUCUCUGAUCGUGCAGAUCUGAGAAAAAGAUGAUUCGAAAGUAAAAGAGUCCUACAUGAGACAGCUGAAGUUAGUUUUCGAAUAUUUGCUUUAGCUACCCUAUAAUUAGUGCCAUAAAAUGAGCAUAUUUUUCAGAAAACUUGAUCGUUUCUUCGUAGUGAAUACUAUAGUGCUUGAUAUGAUGAAAGCUAUAGCAGAAGGUAUGAUAGAAUAAUGAUCAGCUGGUACGAUAAUGUGAAUAAUAUGUUGUAGAAGAUAAUUGUAGGUGAAUAAAAUUCGAAACAUAUUUUUGUUGCUACAGGAGAAAACACGAGAUUCUUCUACCAAGAUAUUUUCAGUUUAAAUUAAUUAUCUACGUAGCUUAAGCUGUUAGCUAAAAGCUGUUUUCACUCUGUCGGCUUCCAAUCUUCGCAGUGCCUAGCUGGCAUCUAGUUCUUCAAUGUUUCCACCCACCAGUCUCUCUUAUUUGAACUCGUAGAGCAUCAGGACAAAAACUGAUAGAAUAGUAUUCAUAUUGAAUGUGGCACAAACGAAAGUAUUUUUUCGAUAUCAAUUUUAGUUAUCAUGUGAUCGCUCCGCGAAAAGUGGUGUUUGACUGUUUGAAACCUAGAAAAAUAUUUUAAGUAUGCGAUAAUUAAGUUGACUAUCCUUUACAUACAUCUAAUGUUUCAAUUGAGAAUAUUUCAGUAUCUGUUUCUGAUAUAGAUAAAAUAAUUGGUGGUAUCAGCACUUCCAAGGCUUGUAGUCCUGGUGUUACAUCCAGAAUGCU